AUGAACCCAGCUGCUGCCCUUCAAUCUACUGCUGAGGAUUUCCUUGAAUCCCUCUCGCAAACUCCAGGAGCAAGUCUCGCCGAAUUAACCAAUUGCAUCCUACGUGCGUGUGGGUGCAACGAAUCAGUCAAUGCAGACGAAGCUGUAGACUACGAUGGUGUGGUUGAUGCUCUCGACAACUUUACCGAAGGGCUCAAGAAGGACGAUUCUCCUGUAUACCCCCUGACCUCCAAACUCCCCGUCUUCAAGCGAUUCCGCAAUUCGCUCUCGGAAUUCCUCGAGCGACUAAUUGCGUCCUCCGCCGACUUAGGCUCGUUAUACACUUCCGACCUUAUGCCAACACUCCAGACAUGGGUUGUCGCUAUGUCAUCCUCACAAUUACGUAGCUUUCGGCAUACUGCAACAGUUAUCGCGCUCGAAAUCGAAACUGCUCUCUGCGAUGUGGCGGCUGCUGUGGAAAAGGAGGCUGAGAUCGUGAGUCGACAACGCGAGGGCGAACGUAAACGCAAAGCCGCAGCGAAUAAGGGCAAGGGCGGCACUGCUCGCGAGAAGGAGCUCGAAGGCAAAGCCGCCGAAGUCCGGGAACGGCGAGCGAAACUGACCGAGUUUCUUAAGGAGUUUGUCGAUGGUGUAUUCGUUCACCGCUAUCGAGAUCUCGACGCAAGUAUACGCGCCGAGUGCGUGCGCGCUAUGGGGCUAUGGUUCGCAAAGUAUUCCUCACGUUUCCUAGAUGGGACAUAUCUUCGCUAUGUUGGCUGGGUUCUCUCUGACGCGCAAACACCCGUGCGCCUAGAGGCUGUGAAAGCUCUCGCUCUCGCAUACGCGCAGACAGCAUACAUCGGGGCGGCUGCGCUGCAAAACUUCACGGAUCGGUUCAAGCCCCGUUUGGUCGAGAUGGCGGUGGGCGACACAGAGCUGUCUGUGCGCGUUGCAGUCGUCCAGGUAUUGCAGGCAAUCGACAGUCAUGGUCUGCUGGAGGAUGAACAGCGCGAGAAACUCUGCCUCCUUGUGUUCGACGAAGAGGCUCGUGUGCGCAAGGCAGUCAGUGGCUUCGUGCGCGGAGUCUGGGAGGAAUCAGUUGAGGAGCGACUGGUGGGCAAAAAGCCGAGCGCGCGGGACAGACAGCGCGCAGAAAUCAAGGCUCUUGGGAUGCUACUUGUGAGAUGGGGUCGUGCUUUGGACAAGACUGCAGGUGAUAUAGACACCGAAGAUGAUGAAGAAAACAACCUGGGCGAGGGUUCUUCUAAGCAAGCGAAGGCGCGAGUAGCUUCACUCGUCGGUGCUGGUCAAAAGGGCCGCAUCGCGCUCGCAGUGGAAGCACUCUGGGACGAGGUAGAGCCUGUGACUGACUGGGAAACGCUGUUAGACAUUCUGCUACUUGAUCACUCAGCUGCCGGGGAGGAGUCAUCCUCUACAGGUCGUGGCUCAACUGGGAGAGACUCGGUGGAUGAAGCAUGGAGGCUAGAGGAAGUGGAGGAAGCUGUCUUACUCGAGAUGCUCAUUGCCGCCAUCCGCAAGGCGAAGGCGGAUGUUGCAGGGGCAAAAAAGGGCGAAGACGAAACGCUAGCAUCGGAUAUCACGCGGUCUUUGAUCAAAGCUCUUCCUAGGUUGUUCGUCAAGCAUCAAACCGACGAGAACAGGAUGUCCGAUGUGUUGAUAAUUCCUCAGCUGAUGAAUGUGGAUCUAUAUCUUGAAAUGAGAAUGAUGACAGCUUAUGCCGGCCUUUGGGAGGAUGUGACGAAACAGUUUCUAUCUCAUUCGUCCCCGAUCGUUCUCACGAACGCUGUUGCCACUAUCCGGCACUUGAUGGACGCGACGAGCCUCUCGAACACUAAUAGUACGAAAAUCUUGGAGCUGGAGGAUGAGCUUUCCACUUCUCUACGGGAUGCCAUUGCCGGGUGUGAAGAGAUCGAGAUUGCGUCGUUCAACGAGGAUGAGGUGCUAUCCCUUACCGCUAUCUGUGCUCGUUUGGCUGCGCUCGUUGGUAUUCGAGACAUGACCGCGUGGAUGGAAGAGGACGAAGGCGGGAAGCAGAGCAGUGCGUGGGACAUCAUCAGUGCACUGGCCGAGCGUGGAAGACUUGGGUACAGAGAGGAAGAGAUGAUGGUCGAUCGAGCAUUGCAUGUGCUCACUCUUCACAUUAUCUGGAAGGCGCGGGGAUUGACAGCCGCUGAUGCUGAACUCUCUCCGGAGGAACAGCGUUUCAAAGAGAAGCUUCGCGAACAGCGAGAAUCACUUCUUGAGAAGCUACUCGAGUUCGCGGUAGGAACUCAGUCCAACACUGCAGAAGGUGUCCGUAGAGCGGCUUUCCAGAACCUGAUGAACUUACAUAUUCUCUUCUGUCCAAGUCAGUCCGUCGCUCCGGAUGGGUCUCGGCUUCCAACUGCGGCAUUGCCUCUUUCGCUUGAUGAUGAGGUGCAGUAUAGAUGCGCUGGCUUCAUUCAGGCUGAAAUAGAACGAUACGCCGAGGAAUUGGAAGAUGCUUUACCGGCGGCUGAAAGAGGGAGCGAAGAUGAAGAACAGAGCGGCGACAGCCAAUCUGAAGAAGAACGACCAACGAAAGGCGGCAAGACUACUGCCGGUACUGGCAAGGGCAAGCGUUCUGCCAGAAAGCGUCCCUCAGGUAGCUUGUCAUCUCUUGAUGUCCGGCUUCGUACUUAUCUCGCCUUAGACGGCCGUCCUGCCUCCCGCUCGCAAUUGGAGAAGGAAUAUAUUUUCAUGGGCGUCGUCACAACGUUCUUGCGUGCUAUCCGCGCUGGAGUCAUUCACUUCCGCCAUUCUACCUCAUUACUUGCGCAUUACGGUAGAUUGGGUCCUGCGUUCGAUCUCUGCGCAAAAGUUGUCGUUGAUAUCCUCCGCGAGGAGGGUAUGUACAACGACAAUGGCAGUGCGGUAACUGAGGUCAUUUGUCAAGCACUUCGUGAUUCAAUUACUCUCUUCCUUGAUGGCGUCGUACAAACGGAAGAGCAUGCGCUGGCCCUAGGAAGAUCCCUCGCAUCAUGUCUCAUGAUUCGUGGCGCACAGUUGGCUGUACUGCGGAAGUUAGACGCUCAAUAUGUCGUCGCCAUCCAUACGAAUUCGCUCUCAUGGGUCGUCAAGCGCCUGGUGGCAUACGAAAAUGCCAAAAACAAGCGAGCGCGCACACGAAGCAUACUGUUCUUCAGAGCUUUGAUACCCCUCCUUUCGACAGUCGAUAAUCGAGAUGCCCUUCACAUAAAAGCGCAUCUCGACCAGCUGCUAGCACAGAACAAGUUACAGGUUUCUGCCACCUCAAGGCAAUGGGAGUCUUACCGCGCGUACGAGAAGCGACUGUCUGGCGCCAAGGACAAAGGGUCGAAGCCGAAAGGGGCCCGCAAGAAGGGGGUAAGGGGUACGGAAGGGCUCUCUACAGAUGAAGAAGGCAACGAGUCAGAUCGCGUCAGCGAGGAGGAAGCUGCUUCCCAGCCGACACGUCCGAAACCAAGACCUAAACGUCGAAGCGCCAGAGUUGCUGGACGCAAUGCAGGCACCGAUGCCGAAACCACAGACGGAGACGCGCCGCCCCCAGCGCCGGAGCCCACGACCCCAAAGGCGCGACCAAGACGUCAGGCGACUUAUCGCAAGAAAUCACCUUCCCAAUUAUCGCUCAGCCCAUUGUCGGCAUCUCCUGCUCCAAUCGAGUCCGAUGUAGAGAUGUCUCACCAGCUUCAAACGCCUAUGGCCUCCCGCAAACGUGGUCGUUCUGAGGAUGACGGCGAGUCUACCCAAGCCUCAGUGCCACAGACGCCUCACAACGAGAGCCGCGAGGUAUCACCAGCGCCCGCGACCCAGAUGACGGAGGCCAACGAGCUACAAAUACGAAGGAAACGCGUGCGCCAUUAA